AUGUCAGGUUUGAAAAAUAGAAAAUCCACUAUUAAUAAGGACCAAAAUGCAAAAAAAACAUCUUCAUCGAAAGUUGCCGAUAAGAAUGAAUUGAAAGAUCCGGUAGAAACAACUUCAUUUGACACUGAAGACAAAAUCACAAAACCAAUUUUACAAGAUGAACCUCAAAAACAUCAUCACCACCAUCACCCUCAUCAUGAACACGACCACGAUGACAAAGAAUCAACAUCAAUGUCAAGAACCGAUUCACUUCAAAAAAAGACUCAUAGUAAAAAAUUAAAGCAUCAUCAGAAAAAGAAAUUGUCAGAAUCAAGACGAGUUAUGUUUAUAUUUGGUGCAUUGAUUGGAUUAAUAUUAGCAGCAUUAUUCACCACCAAUUCUGAAUCAUUUACUAAAGAUCUUGAUAAAUUGGUCAAUCUUGAUCAAUUUAGUGAUAUUUUCGAUGAUUGGAAAGAUUUGAAAAAUUUGAAAGGAUUAUUACCUAAUGGAAUUCAAUCAUUUUUACAAGAUAAAGGGGUUAACACUCAAGAUGAUGGAUUCAAUGGAUCAGCUGAAUCAUUUAGUGUUGGAUUAAGACUUGAAAAUCUGAAAAAUUUCACAGCUGACCAUAAUGUAGUUAUGGUCCCUGGGGUGAUUUCUACUGGGUUAGAAUCUUGGGGGACCACCACUACGGGGGAUUGUCCCUCAAUUGGUCAUUUCCGGAAAAGAUUAUGGGGAUCAUUUUAUAUGUUAAGAACUAUGGUUUUAGAUAAAACUUGUUGGCUUAGACAUAUCAUGUUGGAUACCACUACUGGAUUAGAUCCUCCUAAUAUUAAAGUUAGAGCAGCUCAAGGGUUUGAAGCCGCUGAUUUUUUCAUGGCGGGGUAUUGGAUUUGGAAUAAAAUUUUACAAAACUUAGCUGUGAUUGGUUAUGGACCCAAUAAUAUGAUUAGUGCCUCGUAUGACUGGAGAUUAACUUAUAUUGAUUUAGAGAAAAGAGAUGGAUAUUUUUCUAAAUUGAAAGCACAAGUUGAAAUUGUCAAACAAUUGACAGGUAAAAAAUCAGUAUUAGUGGGCCAUUCAAUGGGCUCACAAAUUAUUUAUUAUUUUUUGAAAUGGGUUGAAGCCAAAGGUGAAUAUUAUGGUAACGGAGGACCUAAUUGGGUCGAAGAUUACGUUGAAGCAUUUGUUGAUAUUAGUGGAUCUUCUUUAGGUACACCAAAGGCUAUCCCAGCAUUAAUUUCAGGUGAAAUGAAAGAUACAGUACAAUUAAAUGCCUUAGCGGUGUAUGGAUUAGAGCAAUUUUUCAGUAGACGUGAAAGAGUCGAUAUGUUGAGAUCAUUUGGUGGUAUUGCCAGUAUGAUACCUAAAGGUGGUGACAAAAUAUGGGGGAAUUUGACUUAUGCUCCUGAUGAUGAAAUAGUUGCAUUUGAUACCGAAAAGGAAGAUAUUGGUGAAAAGAAAAGAUCAUUUGGAUCAUUUAUUCAAUACAAAACUGCCAAUGACUCUUCUAGAGAAGUAACUAUUGACCAAAGUAUUGAAGAAUUAUUAGAAAAUUCUCCAGACUGGUAUUCCAAAAGAGUGCGUGAAAAUUAUUCGUUUGGCGUUGCUCACACAAAGGAAGAAUUGGAAAAGAAUAAUCAUGAUCAACUGAAAUGGUCUAAUCCAUUGGAGGCAGCAUUACCAAAUGCUCCAAGUUUGAAAGUUUAUUGUUUUUAUGGUGUUGGUAACCCUACUGAAAGGGCUUAUAAAUACAUGCCUGCUGAUAAGUCAACAAAACUUGAUUAUGUAAUUGAUGCUGAUUCUCCUGAUGGUGUUGUUCUUGGUGAUGGGGAUGGGACAGUUUCAUUGUUAACCCAUACAAUGUGUCAUGAAUGGCAAAAAGGUGAUAAAUCAAGAUACAAUCCUGCUAAUGUCAAUGUCACCAUUGUUGAAAUUAAACAUGAACCCGAUAGAUUUGAUUUAAGAGGUGGAGCUAAAACUGCUGAACACGUUGAUAUUUUGGGAAGUGCUGAAUUGAAUGAAUUGGUGUUAACCGUUGCUGCAGGAAAAGGCCACACGAUACAGAAUCGAUACGUUAGCAAUUUGAAGAAAAUUGUAGAAAAUAUGCAUUUGUAA